AUGUCCAUUGGUAACCUAACAAAGUACAGACCCACGUGGGAUUACUCCAGUGGCAUUUUCUUCACCAUAACUGGCGUCACCACCAUAGGGUAUGGUCACCUCACACCCACGUCCAUGCUAGGACAGACCGUGUGUAUCAUCUACCUGUUGAUUGGUAUACCUCUCAUGGCCAUCUACCUGGCGGGGAUAGGCGGUAAUGUUAGCCAGUUCAUCAAGGCUACCAUGGACAGACAGAUCUGGGUGAAGCACCACUCUACAGUGGACAUCGUUGUGAAGAUGGUCACAGUAAAUGUUCUCAUACUGUCUUUGCUCAUACUCCUCCCAGCAAUUGUGUUCACUUACGUGGAAAAAUGGACCUACGGAGAGUCCGUUUACUACGCAUUUAUCACUCUCACAACUGUAGGAUUCGGAGAUUUUUACCUAGGUCAGAACACUCACAGUGAGUAUGGCGUCAUGUACAAUCUACUGACUGCCGCGUGGAUAGUGGUUGGGCUGGCGGUUAUAGCAACUAUCAUCUCGGAGAUUCUUGCAGUUGUCUCCCCUGAUGUCCACAAAUCAGAAGUAGAGAACACAUCCAAAAGUUCUGUCCUGCCUGCAGACGGUGCAAACGAAACACAGAACAGCCAGGAGUAA